UACUGUGAAAACCCGGCAAUUUAAAUUUUCGAUCCAAGAGAUGUUUUCACUGUUCGAUUGAUUACUCUGUUCUUCGGUAAUCAUGGCGAAAAGAAACAAAGUGGAGCUGGCAACAUUCAUUGGUUGGGGAAAGAAUGAAAUUAUCGGUUUCAAGUCGGAAAAGGAUGAUGCUACUUCGAUGAUGCUGAUGGAGUAUUUAGUACGAUGAAGUGGUUUGAUCAAAAGUAAUGGAACGACAACAAGGAUUACGGGUUCCCAGAGAUCACUGCUUUGCAGCUAUUUUCAAAACCCCCCCUCAGCGAGACGAAGUUUGACGUUUCGAAAGCUCUCAAGGAAUGGAAGUCAUUCAAAAAAUACGUACAAUAUAAUGCUUGUAGGAUUGAAGCAAGAAAGCUGUGGAAAAAUACGCUUUCUUACAGGGCAGACGAGUACCCCAACCUGUGCAUUCUGGCAAAGAUAAUGGUUGCAAUAUCUGGCUCCAAUUCAUCGGUAGAGAGAGCAUUCAGUAUUCUCAGCAUAUUAUUGUCAGAUAAUGUCAUACAGGGUUAUGGAGAUGAGACUUCGCAUCGCAGUCAAUGACAUUAUAUGGACUGACGAUGAAAGGGAGAAUAUUUUGAAAAGGGCAACGGAGAUCUAUCUUUCGAAAAGCAGAAAGCGAAAGCUGGAUAAUUGCAACAGUUUAUCGAAGAAACCGAAGCUAGAUAAGGAGGAGGAAGCUGAAGAAAGCUCUGAUGAAGAAGAAAGUGACGGUGACUGUACUUAUUUUUAAAUUAUUUUAAACUUGUUUUUGUGCCCAAAGAAAGUGUGUUCAUUUCGAUGUUUGUGUCAUUUCUCUACCCAAUCCUUCUCAUUUGAUUGUUAGCUCAAUUCCAAAGAAAUACCGAUCUAACGGUAAGAUAUUUUUUAUGAAUAUCCGCUAAGAUAUUCACGGGUAAUAGAAUUUAGGUAAUAGAGUAGGGUCUACGGGUAAUAUAAUUUUUUUUCAAUCCAGAUUUCUUUAAGUGACUAAUUAAAUUUAACAUCUUUAAAAAAGAACAAGAACAGUUUCUCCGUCAAUUACCUUGGUUUCCGUUCAGUUUAUAACAUAAAAGGUCUCCUUAAAGCAGCACCCAGUUCUUGACAACAGAGAUGAGAAACAACCGAUAAAAAGCGGUUCGCAUCGCACGCCAUCGCACGCGCAAAGUAACCAAGGCGUGCGAAAUGCCGCACGCGGCCUAUUUUCAUAUUACAAAGACUGCUAUUCCAUUGCAAGUUUUAGCAGUUAAUAUAGUUUGUUAACAUGUGAUAAGCACAUAGAUGUGUAAGACCUCUUUCUCUUCAUUAACUACCAUCCUGAUAUUUAGCGAUAAGUAGUUCAAACAUGGGAAGCUAAACUGCAUGGAUUAAAUGAGAAUGCUGGUUUGAAAAAGCUUGCGUCUCUGGGAAAGGCCUGAUUAUCAUGCAAUUAAGAUACUUUUGAGUGACACUUUUUGCCUAGUAGCAGUUUGGGUGUUGCCUUUUGGAUCUGAAAAUCCAUACAGUCCAUAUUCGAUCUGAAAAUCCUUUGAAUUCAAUUUCCAUAUAAAAUAUUCAUAACAAAGUACCUGCUUCUUUAAAAUGGUAACAUCAAUCUAUUGUCAUUCUUUGAAUGUAGAAAAAAGGAAAUAAAUACUUUGUUGCUGCAGGUGGAUUCUAAUAUUUUUUAUUUAAUGAAUAUUGCAAAUGAUUAUCUGUCAUUUUUUUGUCUUUGUUGAUGCUGGAUCAGGAGCUGUUCACAAGUUAUCUCCUUACAUGCACUUUUAUUUAAAAAGAUAUAUGCACUUGAUAGUCUUUUUGUUUCUUCUUUUUCUGAACAUUUGUCCAUAUAUGCCGGGUUAGGUAUACAAUAUUUUGUGUUCACUAUUAUUGUCAUUGGAUCAAUUAAAACCAAGAUCUCUCUCAGCUCUUAAGGGCCUAUCUACUUACCAAUAUAAGAGAACUUUGAAUCAAGUCUUGUGUAUUAAUGAAAUCCCUUUAUUUCAUACUAUUAUAUUAACUUAUUCCAGGGACAGUGACUAAUAAUGAAUUAAGAGCUGCAUUUCACAGACUAGGAGUUGAAGUUGAAGAUGAAGAAAUUGCCUCUUUAAUGAAACACAUGGAUACGGAUGGCUCUCUACAGGUUGAAUGGAAGGAGUGGCGUGAUUACCAUUUCCUAAACCCACAUUCUCAUAAUAUCACUGAUAUUCUUAAGUUUUGGAAGCAUUCUAUGGUAAGAUACGCACUUUUUAUUUUUGUUCUUCUCUAUCGUUUUUUAGCGCAGGUACCCAUCAAGAGCAGAGCAAGGAUUAAGAUAGAUGGUGCAGAAUCCCAAGUUACUAAUGAAUGCCAUAAAUUUCAAAAACGUAUACUGCCUUUCAACAAGCCUGCUAGUUGCAAAGUUGCGUACUUCCCUAUGGUGUCAGUAUAAACUCUCUCAGGCUGAAAAAGUUAUCUCAAAGACAAAACGUUCAAUCUUAUGGCUUUCUUUAGUACAUGGGGCCAACUGAGCGAGGGCGUCACUAAGAAUCGACUCUUGGACUGCUUCUCUUCAAUAAAUGUGAACAAUUUUUUUGCGGUACAGAAUUUGAAAAUGGCUUUGAAAAAAGCAAACAUUUUACAACAUACUUAAAGCUUUUUCGUCUGACACUCCUCAGAGCAUAAAACGUCAGAAUAGGUUCCGAAAAAACACGAUGGAAAAAUAUAUACCCAGUUGUGGAUCGAAAUAGGCCAAUCAGAAAAACGCAAGCACAAGACCGGUAUAAUUGACCAAUCAGUGCCGCGAGCCUAAAGAAAAAUUACCAAUGGAGUCCAAGAGAGAAAACGAACUCCUUUUGUCUACACAAUGGCGGCUUUUUCGUUUUUAUGUAGAUGGACUCCAAAACUGCUAGAUGGAAGGACGACCGGGCUCUGCCAAUUAUCCGAAACAUGUCGUCAUUAUAGAGUUUUGCACAAUCUGGGUUGUCUAAAAUUUUGGCUUGCUAGUAAGGAAACGUUUCGGUGGCAUGUUGAGCGACACCAAAAAACAUAUUUUUAAUUUCUCGGAUUAUUCUCUCUCUGAUACUGAAACAUUUGUCUUAGGUAAUGGACUUGAAUUUUGUAUCCCACCCCUAACAAUCAACAGAGAGGAACUCUUUGCUGAAUUUGAAAUUUUACACGCUCAACUUGCCAAGCACGAGAUUUCUAACCCUUUGGAGUUUAACAAAUUACGAGCACGACUAAGCGAUUUGGCGUACGCUUACAGCGGCUCUCCCAUCGACCACUCAGAUUUUCUUUUGCAUAGAGAACAUUUCCAAGCACUAAAAUCUCUACGGGCUAACAAUGACAUCUUUAUUACAAAACCUGAUAAAGGGUCUGGAGUGGUAAUUCUAAACAAAAAGGACUACAUCAAUAAAAUGGAGGUAAUUCUCCACGACAAAGAAAAAUUUGCUAAAUUGGGUGAUGUCGAAACACAUGACAAAACGGCCAAACUAGAGCGGAAACUCCAAAAACGUUUGUUGGAACUGGUCAACUCAAAAAUGUUGGCUACAGAAAUUUAUGAUAGGAUAAGACCCACGGGCUCUCAACGACCACAAAUGUAUGGCCUCCCUAAAAUACACAAGCCGAACGUCCCACUUAGACCUAUCUUGUCUAUGAUUGGCUCAGCACAACACGAACUGGCUAAGUGGCUUUCUGAAGUUUUGGACCCUGUUCUUCAAAAAUAUUCAAAACAUUGCAUCAAGGAUUCUUUUACGUUCGCUGAGUUCAUGCAAAACUUGAACAUCGAAAACGAACCAUCUUUCAUGUGUUCUUUUGACAUUAGUAGUCUUUUCACAAAUGUUCCUUUGAGUGAGACCAUCAAAAUAUGUGCCGACGCUUUGUACCGGAGCGAGCUUAAUAGCCCACCAUUCCCAGAGGAAGUAUUCAUUGAACUGAUGGAAACUGCAACACGUUCAGUUGAAUUCAGUUUUAACAAUGAAAUGUACCAACAAAAGGAUGGUGUCGCUAUGGGUAGCCCUCUGGGACCUGCCUUGGCCAAUAUCUUUGUUGGCUUUCAUGAAGAGCGUUUGUUCGACUACGACCAAAAGCCAGGUGUCCAUUUUCGGUAUGUGGAUGACACAUAUACCAUUUUCAAAACAGAGGCUGAGUGUGAUAUUUUUCUAAAACACCUUAAUAGCCUACACCCAGCCCUCCAGUUUACGUUUGAAAAGGAAGAAAAUGAUUCCUUGCCAUUUUUAGAUGUUUUGGUCGAAAAGUCUAACACUGGAUUUCUUACCAGUGUAUAUCGCAAGCCUACUUUUACCGGUCAGUACAUACGCUGGAAUUCAUUUUGCCCAAAACAACGCAAAGUUAACCUUGUCAAAACAUUAGUACAUAGGGCACUUAUGAUCUGCUCGAAAUCUAAACUGCACGCUGAACUGGAAAAACUCAAAACGGUCUUCUUGGACAACGGCUAUCCUGAAGACGUCAUUAUAUCUUAUACUAAGGAGAAGAUCGCAAGUUUUUCGGCUGUUCAAAAGUUUGGUCCGCAAAAGUGCCCAGUUUAUUUGAAACUACCAUGGAUUGGUAACACUUCCUUGCGAUUCGAGAGUCAAAUUAGGCAAGCCAUAACCAAUUGUUUCUUUGCUGUCAAUCCUCGGAUUGUUUACAGCACUAGGAGAGCCCUUCCAUCCAUUCAAAAGGAUUGCGUCCCUACCAAACAAAAAAGUUCCGUCAUUUAUGAAUUUACGUGCCAGUGUGAUUCUGGCUACGUAGGGCGCACAACCCAAAGAUUGGGGGAUAGGAUAAAACAGCAUGUUCCUUCCAACAUACGAAACAAAACUGCCCCUCAAAGAGAACAGCCUCCUCGAUCUUGUAGGUCUAGAAACACUGUUAAAACAAGUGAUUCUGCCAUUGGUCAACAUCUUUUAGACAACCCAGAUUGUGCAAAACUCUAUAAUGACGACAUGUUUCGGAUAAUUGGCAGAGCCCGGUCGUCCUUCCAUCUAGCAGUUUUGGAGUCAAUCUACAUAAAAACGAAUAAGCCGCCAUUGUGUAGACAAAAGGAGUUCGUUUUCUCUCUUGGACUCCAUUGGUAAUUUUUCUUUAGGCUCGCGGCACUGAUUGGUCAACUAUACCGGUCUUGUGCUUGCGUUUUUCUGAUUGGCCUAUUUCUAUCCACAACUGGGUAUAUAUUUUUCAAACGUGUUUU